UUGCUUCCUUUUUUAAGAAUUAUAUUUUAUACCAUUAGCUAAUAAUAAAAUAAAGAUUCAAAGUAACUCCUCAAUGAACGGGUUCGUAAAUACUCCAUUAAUUUGAGGAACAAUUUAAUACCAUGAUACCAUUCUAAUCUUUGACUCAAAGGUUCUAAUGAUAUUGUACAUGUUAGAUGAAUCGUUACCGGAUGUGAAAAGUUUCUUUAAAACAAUAAUCGAACUCAGAGAGCUCUACGUUCUUUAAUUAGAUAUAAAAAAAUGGAUAUCAUUGUUAAAACAAUUCUAAACUAUAAAUGCAACCGCACGAGAACUCUGUUUCAGAGGUUAUACAAACGAUCGUACUACACCAGCAAGAGCAAUUACUCGAUUUUUAACAAUGAAUUUCGAGGCUGUCCAGGAAGAUAUUUUUUAUCGAGUAAUAGACACAAGAGCAGUGCAGUUAAUGAACCCUGUAGGCAGAAUAUAGAGAAAUGCGAGAUCACGAUACCUGAACAUAAAAUCAUACAUAGCUACUUGCAAAACUCGAAGUAUUAUGACAAUACAAUCAUGUCGCCGAUAAGAGCAACGGCGACAGUUACAUCCGAAGAAAUCGAGGAGCUGUACAAUAAACAAUGGCACAAUCAAUCUGUGCAAGACAUAAUGAAUGACAUGAAGAAACUAACGUACUGCCAUUUAUGCGGCUCGCGUUUCGAGAAAUCGCUCGUCGAUUCCAUACUGCAGGCUCUCACCCCAAAGCUUUCGGAAUUGGAUAGCGACCAGAUUAAAACACUGAUGCAACAUUUAGUCGCGUUAAAAGAUGUAAUAGAGAGAGAUUAUAUUUCUAGAAGGUUUUUCAAGGCGUUGGACAAGGAAUGUAUCAAACAUUUCUUCAAGUCAAACGUUCAGGAAAUGUUAUUGAUAGUAGACGCAUUUUAUCAGCUUCAGCGUCACGAGUCUGAUUACUUGUGGCGUGCAAUAAGGAAGCUAGGCAGUAAAUAUUACAAACUAUCUGGGAAAGAGCUGGUUCAGUUGUUAUUUGUUAUAAAUAUACCUAUUGGACCACUGGAGAUAAACAUGUUUGAAAUCGAAUGUCGCCUGGAAGACUGUAUUGAAGACCUUACUGGAGAUGAGAUAGGUAUAAUAGCAAGAGGCUUCUUCUUACAAAAAAGGAGCAUUAGAAACAGGAACUUAAUGUCAGCUAUGUUGAAAAAGCUUACUACAUGUCUCAAUCACAUGGACAGCAGUAACGUUGCGUCAGUUAUGAAGAUUCUAAGAUAUAGUGAAACUCUGUACUGUAUGCUUGAAAUUCAACAAUUAUUGAAAGCGUUACAUCCAGAAAUACCGAGAGUAUCGUUGAGAUGUUUAACUCACAUAAUGCAUGCGUUGGGAGGUAUACGCAUAUACGACGAAGAGUUGAUAAACAGCAUCCUAGACAGGGUAAUAAAUGAGAUGAAACAAGCGAGAUUGAAAGACAUUGAAAGGAUCAUAUAUGGUAUAUGUGCAGUGACACCCUUCACGAAUUAUUACACCGACGUGUGUCACAGGCUUAUCAAUGAAAUAAUGAUGAGCUAUAAAACGUAUAGGAUGCACGAGAUUAACACGUAUCAAGUAUGUUUCGUACGUAUUCUGAGCUUCUUGACAAUUAAGAACUUGUACGUGCCGGAAUUGAUCCAAUUUGCGUUCGAGCCUUCGUUUGUACAAAAAACGUACAAGAGUAAUCUACGGUUGUUGACCAACGAAUAUUUAAUUUUACACUGCUCGAUUAAGAUCGAGUUGCCUUACUACACUGGACCGCUGUUGUCAGAGAAGCUGUACGAAUAUUUGACCAAGAAAUUUAGCUAUUACGACGACGUAUACAGGAAAGACAACAACGUAAAAUUGAGGACUGAAAUCGUAUUUAUAUGCAAGAACAAACUGGGAUUGAAUGUGAGCGUAGACUACAUUUUACCGCAUUAUGCAAAUAAAGAUAUCAUUUUGGGUCUCGACGAGCAUGACAAUCCUGUCGACGUUGAACCCAUUCUAUCAGCAAUGCCUCCGGCUUCGAUUAAAAGUAUAAAUAGCAAUGAGUUGCAAAGAAUCAAAUGGAAGAUCAUACUGGCAGUACCUAACAUAGUAAACGUGAUGGGUCACGAUGGAUACAUCGGGAAUGUGCACAGAAAAUACAGGCAGCUUAAAACUAUUGGCUACACGCCGAUCGUGAUUGCUGAAGAUAAAUGGAACUACCUCUCUCAGGAGAAUGAAAAAGAGAAUUAUUUGAGGCAAUUGAUUUUCGAAGAGACUAGUCACAAUUUAUCGAAGACGUAACGUGUUUGGUUUAGAAAAAUAAAUUGCCGUGAAGGAAUAAGAUAUUCAAUGAA